AUAAAGAGAGAAGUGGUAAGAGAAACUAUAUUAAAAAACAUAUAACUUAAGACACUGCAGUGUGUUAAACAGUUUGAAUUAAAACCAAGACCCUUAAAGACAGAAAAGGUUCAUAUUUUGAAACAGAAAGUUCUUGCAAAAAACAGCAAUAUUUGUGAGCCAGUUUCUGAUGAGGAGGAUGAUAAAGAGCAUCAACCAGAGGACACAGACACAUCUGAUGAGUCUGAUGAGGAGGUCACAGGUGCUGAAGCUGCUCCUGCUGAAAUAUACAAAUGGCUCACAUGGCAGGGCAUCAAACUGCCCCCUGGGCUCACCAGGUUUGCUGUGACAAGUAUAAGUGUCUGUUUAUGCCACUGACAAGAACGACAUCAUUGCUGUGACAAAUCAUGAAAGAAAAAAAGUCGAUGGCAACAUUUGUAAUGACACUGAUGAGGAAUACGUGGAUCCCCAUGUUCUUGUCUCUGUAGUUUACAGAUUCAGCUAUUAUAGCAGCGAUAACUUCAUUGGAUCAAACCUUUCUGCAGGUUAGACUCAGGACCAAACAAAAUACUACACAACAAAUAGCUAUGAAAUACUUCCACUGUUUUCAAACAUUUCCAACAUGAAAUCCGCUAUACAUAUAAUAAUAUAUAUAAUAUAAUAUAAUAAUCUGAUAAUACAUAUCGUUAUCGUUCUAUCGCCCAGCUCUACCAACAAUAAUCCUAUAAAAAUAAAUAAAAUUCCCACAUAUUCUAAUCGUACCUUACAAUCAGCUAGGAACCAAUAAACUGUUUGUGGGCAGCAGUUGAGUAACAGUAUCAUUUAUACUUGCUAACAUGAAUAUUGUAUUAUACACGUAACAGAGUUUGUGAUAUUUUAAUAUAAAUCUUUCUGUGCUUGUACAUUGCAGACAAACACUGUAGUGACGAGUCGCAGGCAGACAACAAGCAAAACAAGCAACUUACACACACCAACCACAACCACCGCUCGUGUAACUCAGCUGAAAACCUGACAAUAAAUAAAGGUUUUAACGGUCCUCAAAUUACUGUCGGUUUACUUCACUGCACAAUAAGUCUGUACAAUAAAGUGAAGCUAUAACAUGAGAAAAAUGUCCAUUAAAAUAUUUAUUCCAUGGAGGUAAUGGCAGCUCGCCGUUAUAAGCUCCUUGUCUGAUCUUCAGAGGUGACAACGUGGUCCCUUACCAUGGAAAAUGCUCCUUCUGGUAACACAUGCACAGCAAUCCAGGCAAAUAUGAGAUAGAAAUCAGGGCAGCUUGUGAUGCAAAAAACCAGCCAUUCAUCGACUCUGCAGAUUUACACAGGCGAGCCUGUGAUUGGCAUCCUGUGGGCAAUUUAGUGUUUCCAAUGAACCUGUCCCCACUAAGUGCAUAUCUUCAGUGCCAGGAUUCUGACUUUGGAAAGGCCAGAGUAAUACAGAAGUUUGUUUUUAACGCUAUUAUUUCUUUUUAUUAAAAGCAGACAUAUGCACGCAUGUAUGAAUCAGGAACACAGCACCCAAUCUAUCAUUGUGAACUCUCCGACUAAACAGCAAAACCCAAAGUGACAUUAAGUACAUUCCACCUUUAUUUUUGCUUUAUUUGUUGUUGUUUUUCAUUAUCAUUUAUUUUAAUUACGUCAUAUGGUCCAGCAGUCUCUCAUUUGGCCUCUCAUAUAAAGAGUGAGAGAAAAACACUGCUAGGUGAACUACAAUCACAUCAGCAGGGAGAGAGUGACACUGCCAGCAGAAAUCCAUCUCCUGUCUUGUCUUAUGACUGUGACUGCAGUACACAAUGCAUUAAAAAAAAUAAAUACAUAAAUAAUACUGCUACUGUAAGGCAUAGACUCGGCCUCUAUGUUGGUUUUACAAAAUCACAGCAUCAUGGGACAUUUGCUGGGCAAAGCCAGGCUUCAUGACACACUAAAACAUUUGAAGCAUGUGUUGGAAUUGCAUCGAGGCUUCUCAACAAUGUGAAACCCUCUCAACAGUGACACCUGCUGGCCAAUUUGACUAUUACAGAAAGCUGUUCCGUGAAACUAAUGCAGACCAGCCCUGCAAUUCCAAACAAAGUCAAUUAUUAUACCAGACUGUCAGAAAGUUUUGCUAAGUUUAAGACCAACUGUUGAAAUUAGUGAUAAGAACAAGAUUAAGAGAACGAAUCCAGUGGGGCUGUUUGUUGUUGUUGUUGGUCCAGCUCCUGACUAGGGGGCGGUAAUGAUGCACCUAUAAGCUGGUUUCCCAACCGAAGAAGACGGAGGAGGAGGAGGCGGAAGAAGGAAGUGCCUGAAAACAUCAACACCUUUUCUCUAGACUAGGACACUUAUCGUCAGCUUCACAAAUCACCAGCACGACAUGGGGGGUUCGGAAUGGUUGUACCUUCUCCUCGGUAUCCUCCUUGUCCGCUGUGCCUGGUCUGCAGACCAGGAAACCAUCACAGCUGAGUCUGGGCAGGAUGUCAAUCUGACAUGUCGAGCUCCAAACAACAACUUUGAGCUUGUAGAGUGGAGCAGAGCUGACCUGAGUGACACAUUUGUCUUUGUGUUGAAAAACAAGACGCCCAACUAUGAUGAUCAGGACCCAUCCUUUAAGAACCGUGUGGCUCUGCAGGACAAAGAGAUGAAGGAUGGAAAUGUGUCUGUGAUUCUGUACAAUGUGACGGCUGCUGAUAAUGGAACAUAUGAGUGUCGUGUCCCUUUGGACAAAACACACUCAUCGAAUCCCAUCAGCAUCAUCACCCUGAGUGUUGAUCCUCCAGGUCAGCCAGGAGGACACACAGAGGAUGGAUCUGUUGGACUGAGAGUUGGUCUGUCUGUUACUGGUGUGCUGCUUCUUGUUGCUGCUGUUUGUUUUUUGAUCAGAAAACUUAAACAAUGUAACCAAGCUGGGUUCAUACGAGCCUCCAGUUGAAUGUCAGCCUGUUGGAAAUGUCUCAGUUUUUUCCAGCUGAUCUGAGUCUCCUGCUGUCACAACGUCUCAGAGUUAACGAUGAGCAUUCAGGGUAAAGCCAGUUGUAGUUUUUCAAUCAUGUAAGUGAAAAGGGAGCAAACUGAAAUGUCACACAUGCCAUCAAGAAGUGCCAAAAAAGAUUUUUAUGGAUUUUAAAUGUUCUUUUAAUUUUAAUUCAGGAAACCUUUUCAGGUUUUAUGUUUAAAUGUCCAUUAUAGAUUUUUAUGGUUUUUAUGGGUAAUAGAAAAAUAGUUCAGUAAGUUUAGUAUUAUAAAAGUCUAAACUUCCUAUAAAACAAAUGUAAAUCAGGUUACUAACAUCAAACAUGUCCUGUUUAUACUGUGAGCUGUAGCUGCUACUCCUGCUCUCGACCUCCUGCUGAGCUAAUGUCUCUUUAACUUUACUUUUAAUAUCAAACUACCUGCUGCUUCACUUUAAACAGAUAAAACGCUCAUGUUUAUAUCACAGAAGCUUCUGAUGUUUAUUAUAUACAGCUUUAAGCA